GCCUGACCCAGCGUUGGGGUCCUAAACAGUGCGUUCCAAUAUGGCUGUUUCCACAGUAAAUUGGGGGAAGCUUGGUUGGAUUAAGAAGUGUUUACCCUUUAGAACUUGGCUUCCUGGGUUUACUCAGGUGAGAGGAUCUCGAUAUAAUCCAUACUACCUGGAACCAGAGGUGAACAAGGAACUGUACAAAAAGACUGAGGCAGAACUUACUGAUGAAGAGAAGGCAUUGCAGGAGCUAAAGCAAGUCCGACCUAUUAAGGCUGCUCCUUCAAAUCUCACCAGUUCAGUACUUCUCGAUCCCUUGGUCAGCAAGUUUAUUAACAUGAUGAUGAAGGAGGGAAACAAGAACUUGUCUCGUUCCAUCAUGACACAGACCUUGGAAACUAUCAAGAGGAAGCAGGUGGAGAAGUAUCACAGUACUCCAGUGGGAGAGCAGGGAAGUAUCGAGUGCAAUCCAUACAUGAUAUUCCACCAGGCUUUGGAAAAUUGCAAACCUGUCAUUGGAUUAACUAGCAUUCAGAGAGGAGGGAAGUCUUACCAGGUUCCUACACCACUGACUGAGAAUAGAAGGCGCUUUCUUGCCAUGAAAUGGCUAAUAACAGAAUGCCGUGAGAGUAAACAUAGGCGAACACGGAUGUAUGAGAAGUUAUCACAGGAGUUGUUGGCUGCUUUUAACAAUGAGGGAAAUGUGGUGAAGAAGAAACGAGAACUACACAAAAUGGCUGAGGCUAAUCGGGCUUUUGCUCACUAUCGCUGGUGGUGAAAAUAAGUGAACAGUGGUUUCAUUUGAAGUACUCCAUGUAUUUGUCUUUGAAUUUUUGAGAGCUAACUGUUAAGAAGACACAAGUGUUUUUGAUGCCAAGACUCAAAAACACACAAAAAAAGGCUUAUUUCACUGGACAAAGUGGAGCAUGCUUAUAGCAACUUUGCAUCCAUUAUUAUUUUUGUAUAUACUAAUUUUUAAUAUAAAAAUUGUAAAUUAUAAAACAUUGCUGUCUAUGUCUGUUCUUUGAAGUUGUUUACGAUACAGGUACUCAGCAUUGUGGGAUGUAAGAAGGUAAAUAAAUGUCCGUACUUUUAAUUUU